CUUGCCUGCUUCACAGUGAUAAGAACAACGUCCACGUUAACGUUUUUAUUGUUGUGAUUUAGACGCUUGUUAACACCCUGGAACUCAAAAUAUGACUAAAUUAACUGCACCGCAUCACAUACUUACCCCAGGUCAUCUUUAAUUCGCGUUGGAGAGAGUGUUUGGUUGUUAUCUAGGCAACGCUAACAAGCUGCUAACAAUGGCUAACUGUAUGAUUUUUCACACUCAAAUAGCCUCUAUCAUGGAGGUGUUAGCGAAUGCAGCCGUGGCAGAGAUCUGUAAACUCGUAGACGACGACUAUGCAGUGUUUCGUUUGGAAAUAACUCAAAGCCAGAAAGAAAACAGGACAUUGCGGAGGAAACUACUGGAACUGAAGGUGGCACGGGAGCGCGCAGAGAGGACAAUGCGAGAGCGCGUCUUCGCCAGUCGUCCCAGUAGUGUCAAGAUCCUCGACCGAUACAGAGGAAUGGCAAGAGGUGAAGGACAUCUCACUGGAGGCCACAGGAGCUUUGUGAAGCCAACGGGACACAAUACAUGGAGAGAAGACCAACCAAUCACUGUUGAUGAGGGGAGUGGAAUCUCAACCCAGCAUGUUAUGGUGAUAGAGUCUACAGAUGCAGAGGCUGCAGGUCCUGGGGUCAAGCAGGAGAGGUCUGAAGGAGAGGAGGACCCACGGAACAGCAGAGACAUUCAUUCUGGAGCGGAUGGAGCGCACCUUGAAGCCACGGAGGACCCCACCCCCGCCUCAGCGCAACCCAGGACCCGACGCAGCAUCACGGAGGAGGAGGAGGGUCCAGAGGUGCUGCUGGUGAAGGAGGAGGGGUGUGAGGAGGGUCUGGGGAACCCUGAGGGGACCAUGGUCAUGGAGGACAACCAGACUACACCUCCUCCUGAACCCACAGAGGAACCAGCUGAGCAGCACAGGACCACACACAGUCUCACUGAGUCAGUAGACAUGGAGGAUGGGAAGCCUGAUCUGCUGCUGGUCAAAGAGGAGACAAUAGAAGACGGAACAGAGAGCAUUGAUCUGCUGAGUGGACUAAAGAUGGGGGCGCAAGGUAAUUGGCUGGAGGCUAACAGAGGAGACUGGGUGGCCAUCUUGGAUUCCCACACCCAGACAGGUGCAGCCAAGGGCCCUGGGGACGACAUCAUAGAGCAGGCCAGGACCAUAGGCGACAUAGUGGAGGUCAGUGGAUGGGACAGCGUCCUCAACUCUGCGCUGCAGUACAAUACUGUUAACCACAAACAGAAACAGACAGUCAAACACAAAACAACAUCCGAUCUUAGUCUCCAUGACAGCAAACUGGCUGAGACCAGGCCAAGGCGUAGAUUUGGUCUGCAGGGACAGGGAGGUGUCCGUAUGUGGCGGGAGAGAACAGACACAGACUCGGCUAGCAAUGCUCCGUCCUGCUCCUAUAGUUGUGAUUCAGACAGACUGAUGGCGCCUCAGGUUAACCCCCUAACAGGUGCUGCCUUCAGCCUGCCUUCUAUAGGAUCUAUCAACUGGAACAUGGACCCUGCGACAACACAGACACUCCCUGGCCUUCAUCCUCCUCACACUCUCCUAAAGUUAAACCAGACCUCAGACAAUAUCAGUGCCUCAACACUUAAUUGCUACACAAGCCCAUUGACAAAUGACAGUAGUAGAGACGGAAUCAGUAAAGGUGGCAGCGCCAAAGAGAAGCGCUUCCCAUGUUCAUUCUGUUGGAAAUCCUUCAGUUUCCCCAUAGAGGUGGAGAUCCACCAGAGGAUGCACACAGGGGAGAAGCCGUUCAGCUGCCACCUGUGCCGGGCCAGUUUCACACACUCGUUCAACCUAAAGAGGCAUCAUAGGGUUCACACAGGGGAGAAACCCUACAGCUGCCCCCAGUGUGAGAGGAGGUUCUCUCACCAGCACCAGCUGAAGAGGCACCUGAAGGUCCACACGGGAGAGAGGCCGUUUGCCUGUACGCAUUGCGGGAAGAGGUUCUCAGAGAGGAGCAACCUCAGGAUACACCAGCAGAAAAUGCACACGGCCCAUGUAUAGAGUAUAGUGAUAUGUAAUGUAGUACUAGUUAGUUUGUUUGUAGUUAAUUCUGUUGGUUGUGGAUGUAGUAGGGAACUGGAUGAGGUGAAAUGAGGAAAGAAUGAGUAUGAUGAGGCAGAGUAGAUGAUAUGGUGAUGGUUGGUGUGAUGGUGUCUGUAAAAAUGCUUCACUGAUGAAGGUGACAAAUAUGUCCCUUUAGGUUGAUACUGGUGUUUUAUAGUGAGAUAAUGAUAGUGCCUUAAUUCACUUAACAAAGGUACAUAACAUCUGUGUAAUGUAAUGUAAAACCUUUUCCAAAGUAUUCUAAAAUUCAUUUAAUCAAAGUGAGGGUACCAGAUUAACAGAAAAUGUAAAGUCUUACCAUAGUGAGAAAAGUUAUUCUACAUGUCAUGUAUCAUUUUGUGCAAUAAAAGUACUGUUCUUCACGUUAUGUGACUGUAUGACCAUUUUGUUUAAAUUAAAUAAAA